CGAGAUGGUCUUCAGCAGCCACUUGGCCUACUGCCCCCCUCCCGUAAAGAAGAGGAAGAAGAAGGCAACCUGCUGGCUGCCCUGGUGGUGUGUGUUCCUGGGCUGGUUCCUGCUGCUGUCCAUCAGUGGAAUAUCCACUUUCUUCACCCUAUUGUACGGCUUGGAUUAUGGCAGAGCGAAAUCCAUCAAGUGGGUCAUGUCUCUGGGCCUCUCCCUCUUCCAGAGCAUCUUCAUACUGCAGCCUCUCAAGGUGUUAGGAAUUGCUGUGUUUUUUGCCCUGCUGCUGAAACCUGUAGCUGUGGAGGAAUCUGAGGAAAUCGAGCAGUUGAAGUUAGAGCAACAAAUCAAGUGUGGUCGCUACUCUGGCAGACACUCACUGUGAGGAGGCUGCAUUAAGCGAGAGAAGCUGUUUUUCUUCUGG